AUGGCUGCCGAAAACAAGCCGGAAGGACUGAAGAAGAUAAGAAAUCCAGAGCGAAUGGUCAGGAUUGCUGUUGGUUACACAGGACACACCCCUCCCAAGAGUGACGACACUGACGCCAACAAUGAGCCAGGCCAGUUGAAGAUCUACCUUCCUAAGAAGCUGCUAGAGUGUCUGCCCAAAUGUUCCUCUCUGCCCAAGGAGCGCCAUCGCUGGAACACCAACGAGGAGAUUGCUGCAUAUCUCAUCACUUUUGAGAAACACGAUGAGUGGCUGACGACAUCGCCAAAAACCAGGCCUCAAAAUGGCUCUAUGAUCCUCUACAACCGAAAAAAGGUGAAGUACAGGAAAGAUGGCUACUGCUGGAAGAAAAGGAAAGACGGGAAGACCACCCGAGAGGAUCAUAUGAAGCUGAAAGUCCAGGGAGUAGAGUGUCUGUAUGGCUGCUACGUCCACUCCUCCAUCAUCCCCACCUUCCAUCGUAGAUGCUAUUGGCUGCUGCAGAACCCAGACAUUGUACUGGUGCACUACCUGAAUGUACCGGCAGUGGACGAUAGUGGGAAGCCAUGUGGUCCUGUCCUCUGCUCCAUCAACACAGAUAGGAAGGAGUGGGCCAAGUGGAGCAAGGAGGAGCUCAUUGGACAACUCAAGCCCAUGUGUGCUGGAAGCAGCCUGCAUCAGAAAUGUUCCAGUGUCAAGCAGCGCAUCAUCUCAUCCAAGCAGGAGUCAGGGGCAGCAGCAGGAGGGGGAGCUGCAGCGGGCACCGGCGUGGCAGCGGGACAGAGGGCUGAGGAGGCAGAUGGCACAGAGGUCCAGAACAGUGAUGUAUCAGAGGGCCAGACAGAGCCCAGUCCUGGAGGGGGCAGGAGCAGGGCAGGUGGAGGAGAGAGGAGAAAUGGCAGGAUAACCAAACCCUCCUUACUCCCUCAGAGCAGCAUGGAGGUGUCUUCCUCUACGUCGACCAACCAGGUGGAGGUCCCUGACACCACCCAGAGCUCCCCACUGUCAAUCACCAGCGACAUGGCUGACAGUCCCGCUCUUGCCAUUGGGGCUGGCUUAUCACAGAGCACAGCUGUGUUCAUGUCUGAGGUCACCACGCUGACUGGGGAUUCAGUUUACUCCGCUGGCCAUACCCACCUGCUGGCAUCUACUCAUGAGAGUACCACCGCUGGCAUUCUGUUAGCUGUUGCCCCUGAAAACCAGAGGUUUGCAUCGUUCCCUGGUGGGGUAGGCUUAGGGGAGGGAGGAGAGCUGGUUCUGUCCAGCUCUUUAGACUCUGGUGGAGGAGUCAGCCUUCCUGAGACCACCAUGACCUUUGACCCUGAUUGCUUCCUCAACAAUCCCAAGCAGGGCCAGACGUAUGGCGGCGGCGGAGGGAAGACUGAGGGGUGUAACGGCGAUGACGGAGGACUCCACUGCUCCUCUAAUGGCUUUGUGUACAACCCAGCCCUCGUCAACAACAUCAAGACAGAAGCUACACCUCUGGAGCAGCCACUGGCCACUCAGAGCAGCUACGUGGGAGAAGGAACCGGCCUCAGCCCCAGCACCACCCUGGAGCAGAUGGACUUCAGCGCUGUCAUGUCAUCAGCUUGUGUCCCGAGUCUCACCCAGCCUGCACACCACCCUUCCCCCAGCCUCUUCCUCCAGGCCUCCCCCCAGACGAGCCAGCCCUCUCAGCUGCAGAACAAUGGUGCUGAGGCAACCCAGGAAUCCGGCGAGGCCCAGGCGUACAUAGGCCUGCCCACAGUGCCAACAGACUCUCCUGUCACCAACGGAGACCCACAUUCACACCUCCACCAAGCCAACACAGACCAGCAGGCCCUGUGCGCAAGGAACGGACAAGGAGCGGCAGUGGGCUCUUUUCCCCUGACACCACAGGAUGCUACCGUCGACCAGUCAGGCAACAGGGGGCAUCAAGAGGUUGCGGGGUUAGAGAAGCCUCCUGAGAAUGGAGGAGAGUUACUACUGAAGGCCGGGGAUCCUCAUGAGGCCUAUACGAGCGUUGACACUGAGCACUACCUCCAGCCCACGGAUGAAAAUGGAGGAGGAGAGGAAGGCGGAGGAGGUGGCGGGGGACGAGGAGGGGAAAAUGAGAUUCUCUGCAAUGGUGUGAGCUUGUCGGGGGGCAGCAGUUCAGUGGGGGCCAGUCCUCAGUCAAUAGCUGCCGGUGCAAACAUUGAGGGGGCGCUCUACAGCUCUCCACUUCCUCAGCAAGGUGGGGGGGUGUCAGCUACAACAGCUGGGGCAGCAGCUGCCAUCAGUCUGGAAGGCUUUGAGGCUUCAUUUGGAAGCCAGUUCUCUGAUCUCAUCAAUGAUUUCAUCUCGGUAGAGGGGUCCGGGGCCGGGGUUGGGGCAGCGGUCACUGGGGUUCUGAUGACCCAGGAGGGGGCAGCAGGAGAGGAACAGGGCACAGGAGCAAGCCACCUGCAGGGCUCCGAGGUGGAGCAGGGAGCUCUGGGACUCCUUCAGGAGACUGGGAGGCUGUUUGGUGUGACAGACUACUCUCCAGAGUGGUCUUAUCCAGAGGGUGGAGUGAAGGUGUUGAUCACAGGUCCGUGGUUGGAGUCGAGCAGUGAAUACAGCUGUCUCUUCGACCACAUCAGUGUCCCAGCUGCCCUCAUCCAGCCCGGGGUGCUGCGCUGCUACUGCCCAGCCCAUGACACAGGACUGGUGAUGCUGCAGGUAGCUAUGGGCGGUGAGGUCAUCUCUUCCUCUGUGGUGUUUGAAUACAAGGCACGUGACCUUCCUGCCCUGCCGUCUUCUCAGCAUGACUGGCUGUCACUGGAUGAUACUCAGUUCAGGAUGUCAAUCUUGGAGCGUCUAGAGCAGAUGGAACAGAGGAUGGCUGAGAUAACCAAUCAGAACCCCAGCUCGGAAGCCAUGGCAACCAAGGGUGGAGGAGUGGAGGGAGGAGGAGCCAAUGAUCAGCAGUCUCAAAUCUCUCCCGAUCAAGGUUCGUUUGAGGGUCGUGUGGUGGUGGUGUGUGAGAAGAUGAUGUCUCAGCCGUGCUGGGCUUCUUCUAAUCAGCUCGUCCACAGUAAGAACUCCAGAGGAAUGACCUUACUGCAUCUGGCUGCAGCUCAGGGCUAUGCAGGGCUUAUUCAGACACUUAUUCGCUGGCGUACAAAGCAUGCUGACAGUAUUGACCUCGAGCUGGAAGUGGAUCCUCUCAACGUAGACCACUUCUCCUGCACUCCUCUGAUGUGGGCAUGUGCUCUGGGCCAUACUGACGCAGCAUUGGUGCUUUACCAGUGGGACCCGAGAGCCCUAGCUAUUCCUGAUUCGCUGGGACGCUUGCCGUUGAACAUAGCCCGGUCCCGGGGCCACACUCGAUUGGCUGAGCUCUUGGAGCAGCUGCAACAGAGUCCUCAAACUCAGGGCCAGUCUGCGGAUGCUUGGAUGGACAGAUGGAGAGCAGAGUCACAGACCAGCGGAAUAAGCAACAGCCCCACCCCUAACUCAAACUCAGAGCUGAGGAGACCCAGGACAGAGAGCCAGCCGGACAACCAGACCCAGAGCUGGAGUCAAACAGGACACAGAGCCCCACAGGGAACCCAAGGAGAACAGGGAGGUCCACCCCCAGCCAAGAGACUCAAACCCAGUCCCGACACCCAGCAACAGCUAGCUAACUCAAGCCCUGGCAACAACCCUCUCAGCGCCCUCCUCCACUCUUCUCCAAGUCCUACUCCUCAACGUUUUCUCCCCUCCAAGACCCUACAAACUCAACCCUCCAACCUCAGCUGUCAGAACGCACCUCUUGCCAGCUCCAGCCCCAGCCGGCCUCAGCUCCCCAGUGCCCCAUUCUCCCACCUGCAGGCCAGGAUAGGGGGGUCUGGAGGGGGCACCAGGUGGAGUCUGAGACACACUCUGGGGCAGCGUAGCUUAGCCAGGAGGAUUCUGGGAAAAGAGCGACUGGCCAUACACCUGCGCCAAAGAGUGCUGUCUGACAGGGGAGAAGAGACAGAGCUGCUGACCUACCAGGAUAACACAGAGGACCUGCAGAUGGACAUUACGAUGCUAGCUGAUCACAUCAUGGAGGCUUCAACUGGUAGGCUGAAGCAGGAGGCGAUGGAGUCUGAAAUCGACUCCGGGAAGGUGGGAAUCAGCAGUGAUGUCAGGUUACUCUCUAGUUACCUUGGUGAGGUGGAAAGGUUUCUAAAGUCCAAGCCUCAGACUCCCAGCCCCAAACCAAACUCUCUCUCAGGGCCGGAGGAUGAGCAGAGUCCUCAGGCUAAACAAGCCCUAUCCUCCCCCCUUGAGUGGAACUCCUUCCUCUGCGCAGCUAUGAAAGAAGAGAGAUUGAAAACGGACUCCUCCUCCUGUCUAGCCAUGACUGAGGCCGAGCAGGGAGAACUGUAUGAGACCAUCAGGCAUGCUCUGCACUCCCUCAGAAAACACAAGGGUGCCAUUCAGGAACAACGUAAAGAGAUUGCAGCAGUGAUUCAGCGCUGCUAUAAGAGAUACAAGCAGUAUGCACUUUAUAAGAGAAUGACCCUGGCAGCCAUCCUGAUCCAGAGUCGUUUCCGGAGUUUCCAUGAACAGAGGAAGUUCCAACAGAGUCGUAGAGCAGCGGUCCUCAUCCAGCAAUACUACCGCUCCUACAGACACUCCCUUAGCAGCCUCCUAACUAAAAAACAGAACCAGGCUGCUCGCAAGAUCCUGAGGUUCCUGCUCCGAUGCCGCCACAGCCCCUUGAUGGACCAUAGGCCUCUGAAACGGGGCCAGAGAGCAGAGAAAGGCCAGGGGUCCUGAGAGCCCACCACCAGGCCCCGCACACAGCCCCCUCAGCCUGUGAGCAAUCUACACACCCU